AUGUCCAAUGUGGGCAUUGGAAAAGUAGACUCAUAAAAGCGUGAGUGUCAACAGAAAAACGUGGAAUGGGUGGAAAUAAAAGUCUUUGUCAGAUAGGCAAGCAAUUAUUUUCCAAAGCGAAACACGUUUGACAUAGACCUUUUUUCAACUCACAAGAAAGUUUUCAACAAUUCAUUUAUAUAUUCAUUUCUGAUCUUGGAUAUUUCACAAUUUGCUGCCUGCAAAGGUAUUCUGCUAAUAGGAGCACGUCUUUUAUUUUAUGACAAACUCUUCGGCAUGGAUUAAGAUUGAAAGUUGGUAAACUUUAGCACUCAAAGCUGUAACGAAAAAGUUUAACAAAUAAAAAUGUUGUGAUGAUCAUAAGUAGAAGGCAAAUUGUCCACGAAGCUGGUUAGUACACUAUGCCAAUGAUUGAAUAUAUAUGGGUGCUACUGGGGUUGAUGGUCUACCUGAUUGGUGUUAUUGUACAGGCGACACAUACGUCCGUAUUGCAAGACCUCCUCAUUCCUGUUGAUAAUAGUUAUAUGUUUGAUCAAAAACGUUCUCAUCACAGCCGACACCAUUCAACACAUUCCACUCGAGUUUUCCAAGAUUUGCCAUCUGAAUGUUGCCCCUCAAUAAAACGAACGAUUGCUCCCCUUGGGGGCUUGUCAAGGGAAGGAACUCUGUUACAAUUGUAUCGCACUGACGAGACCGUACAAAAAUUUUACGAGACAACAUGUGCGCACAAUGUUGAAAACAAACCUUGUUAUUUUAUAAAUCAAUCGGAAUGGAGAUCAGUAUGUAGGCAGAAAACUAGUUAUACGUAUGCUAUUGUAAAAGAUUUUAAUGUAACUGAAGACCAUAGAAUAGAUUACAUGAAAAUUAAUUCCGGAUGUUCUUGCACAAUUCUAGGACCGGCUAGACCUCCUGCUAUUAGUCUACAGGCCGAAAUUCUCCAUGAACUGGAAGAAUCGGGCAUACUUAACAAAAAGUGAUAUUCUAAAUGAUAUUUUUAAAAUCAUAAUUGUCUCAGUUUGAACAAGGCUGUCUUUUCUUAUUCUGUAAUAUGUAAUUAAGUUAAUGACGAUUUGGAUAUAUUCUAAGAUUUGUAUACAGGGAUUUAUCUUGUUUCAAUUGCUUUUCUUAUUUAUUUUUUGUUCUGUUUCAAAUUUUUCACUCUAAAAAUUCAUAUAAUAAAAGUUCUCAGCAUCACAGUAUUAUUUCAAUUACUUUUAAGCACAAACAAGCACACGCAAAAAAAAUAUUGUGAUGAACUUUUCUUAUAUUAUCACUUAACAAACUGAUGAAAACUUUUAAAAUCAUUUGGAAAAAAAAAAUGCUCAAGAUUUUUACAGAGCUAGAGGCUGCCUUUCUGUAAGCAUGGCCUUUCCGUGUUGGUUCUUUCUUUCACAGCAUAGCUAGUUUAUCUUUUUUAAUCAAACACAAUUAUUUUCAUAAAGACUAGAUAAUUUCCAAUUUCCGAAACAAGUGUAGUGUUUGUGAAUACUUUGUAACUAUAUAAUCUAUAUACUUUUCUUUGCCAUAAAUGAAAUAAAAGUACAUUGACAUUUAUAUCGGAUAAAAGUACAUAAUUUUUUAAAGACCUUACGAUAUGCAUAUACGCGUGCGUCAGUUAUUAAUUUAAGUCCGUUCCUAGGCAAUGAUUGUGUCAUACUUUAUUUACAUACAUUUUUUUAAAAUUCUUAAAAUGCCGCGAACUGUUUCUUUACUUUACAACCGAUUAUUUUAUUUGUGGAAUAAUGCUGAAUAAAAUAUAGUUUUA